AUGACCAACGACUCGAGUCCUUAUCAGUCCACCAUAUCGCUCACGCCGUCGGACUCGACGCAGCUUCAGGUGGUGGCCAAGGCAAUCCUCGACGCCAACUUGGACCGGUAUCAGCUCUUCUCCGACGUGGAAAAUGGCACAGUGGACCCGAGCAUGUGGAAACUCGUGAAGACCAAAAACGACAUGAGCGCGUACAUGCAGCGGCAACGACGACACGUCUCCUUCCCAUUCCAAGUCAACCCGAGUGACGACAACUGCGCACUUCAGUCGUUGCUCUGUGUCGGCUCAAGCCCCGGCACGCUGGACAGUGUGAUGCGCGGAGUAGGAACCCCCCGCGAAGGCGACAUCAGCCGCGCUGUUCUACUCACGACGAUCUCCAAGCCAACAACGAGCGACCCGUUCAAAGCCAUGACGGUGAAGUGGAUGGACUUGGACGUGCGGUUCCAGUCCAUGGGGCUCGUCAAGAACCACGACUACGUCUACGUCGAAGCCACUGGCGUGUUGCACCUUCCAAGCGGCGGUCGACUGGGAUACCAGCUCUUGCACUCGGUCGACGUUCCAGGAGCUCAUGAGCUACCCGGACUUGUCCGUAGUAAACUAUCUGUGUGCUCAUUCUACCGACAGAUCAAGGAGAACGCGGUGUCCGUUUACUCGCUGGGAAUGAUGGACUCUAUGAGCGACCGAGCCAGACGCGCAGUGGCGCCGCGCUUCAUCAAGCUCAUGCUGCCUACGCCGCCGACGCAAUGCCGCGGUGACGCGAUGCGGUUGUCACUCGCGUCCGCCAAGCGCUACAUCUCCAUGACCCUGGCACCGCAGAGCAUUGGCGACAACUGCGUUAUCUGCUCGAAGCGCGUCCUGAAGCUGGGGAAGCUGCUGAACCGCAACAGCUCGUGCAGCGUGUGCUCCGGGUGCGUCUGCAGCUCAUGCAAUAUCAAGAAGAACGUGCGACUUGUGAGCUCCGACAUGAAGGUCACGCGACGGAGACUCGUCUUCUGCUCGCCGUCGCCGUGUCUCGAGAACGCCAUGGCGCAGAACGAAGCCGAGGUGUCGCUCAUGGACAACAAUGGCGGAGUCGCGAGGUUCUACACGGCCGACUACCGCUCGGUGACGCAGUCGCAGUCGAGGUCGAGGAUGACUAGUGUGUCGUCGUCCAUUGUUUGCUAG